AUGUCGUUAAAGAGAUUUAUGGUUAAAAGAAUAGAUAGUAAAAAUAUUAACAGUGGCAUAAAUUUAAAUGACAAAAUCAAUAGUAAACAUUUUAAUGGCGGUUUAGAGUGCAAAAUGCGAGAAAUGUAUCAUUAUCCGUCUCCAGGAAAGCUAGCUGAAAACUCCAUUUUGGUACACACGAAUGAUUUUGCAAGAGACUUAAGUGGAGAAAUAGAGCUAAAUGGACUAAACAUAGGGUCGAUUGAGCAUGAAUUAGACAAUAAGGGGUCCUAUGGUCUUACAGAAUUCAGUAACUGUGCUGAACACAGCUGUCGCCAAGAGUGCAACAAUCAUGACUCUGGCGAUGAAAUUGGAGUAAUAAUUCAAAACGAAGAUGGGUGUCAUAAAGACGGCUGGGUCUUGAGUUCAAAUGAAUUCAAGGCGUUUAGCAACAGCUUUCCAUUCUCCUGUUACACCAGCGCUGAUCAUCCGUUUACCAACUAUACCUCCAUUGAAGAUACAGAGGCUGCACUUGGCCCUGAAAAUGAACUGUGUAUUAAGAAUUUAAUAACAUACUUCAACCUCAUUCUAAUGCUAUUCUCACUAUCCGCGCCUCUUUUUUUACACAUUUUUUACCAGUUUAAACUCUACUAUAGCAUAGUGGACAUCAAAUCGACUUCAAGUUUACUAAAGAAGGCUAACGUUAACAAAAAUGUUUUGGAGAAGAUGACUGAGUUUGAGAACUUCUUCUUUCUUGGAGUGUCAAUUUAUGUCAUAAUUCAGCUCAUUGGCUCCAUUUUAACAUACUUGCGGUACAAUUUACACCUACAGCAGCUGUACAAAAUCUCGAUUAAAAAUUCAAAGGAUGACAUGGUCAGUAACCACAGGGACAACGCACUUAAGAGGUUAAACAUCUACUUUAAGAGCCUAUCCAUUGACGACAAUGUGACUAAAAUCAUUGGUAAAAACUUAGCUGAGAGUUUCAGUGACGUCUCUUAUAGGUUCAACAGCUAUAAUAUGCGGUGGAUAUGGGACCGGAUUAGAGCCUAUAAGUUCAGAACCUUUGGAUUUAAAAUUUGGGUUUCAUUUGCUUUCAACGUAUCCAUAUCUAUCCUGGUCUGCCUCUGCGUUUACUACAAAAGGUUCAGACUCUGGUACACCAUGCCCUUCGACCGCUUUAAAAAUGUUUCUAACUCGUACUGGAACAUUGCACUGAACUACGAGGGCUUUGUGUGGACUACGUUCAUCUUUGUCAUAAACUUGCUAUCGUGGACUAUCAUAGUUCUAGUGAAUCGUAGCCUUCCGAUGUUCAUAGACGAAACGCAGUACUUCCUGAAGGACAUUAUGGACAGUUUUAACGAACAGGUCUCAGGCAGCAUAUGGGAUCGCGAGAACCUCCUGGGUAAUACCGCCGAAUUCAAAAAACCAAGGACAAAGGUAGCCAUCUUAGUGUAUUUGGAGUAA